CUGUCGCAUUUACCAUUGAACUUCAUUAACUUGCUGUUUUAUAUCAAUAAAAUAUAUUGUUGCUUCUCUCUCGCGAGUGACGUGCACCACUCCUUCUGCAACAAAGAGCAGUUUGGUUUUGAAACUUGAAAAAUGCUGUGCAGAGCCAAUUGGCCCCACUGGAAAAUCAGUACAGUUUUGAACCCUGAAUAUACUAUCCUAAGGGCCUAGCAAAGACAAAAUUUGCACAUACAUUGACAUUUCCUGAGGCAAAGCAGUUAAACUGAUGUCAAGGAAGUUCUGAGGGAAUAUAUUUACAGAGCAAGUAAAAUAAAUCAGUGGAGAAAUGAUGUUAAUAUAGGAGGGAGGGAGAAAGCACAGAGAUUGGAAGAAGGAAAGUCUUCAAAGAUACUCAAAAAUACUUAGACUGUCACUGAAAAGAGGCUAGGACUCAUAAAAGCAGCAGAAGGAAAGGUACAUGGUAAGGCAAUGCUCAAAAAUAAAUUAAAAAAACCCCAACCAGAUAAAGAGGCAGAAAACUGAGGAGGAAGACUUAGAAACACUACAGAAACAUGCAGGAAGGAAAAACAGAAGCAAAGAAGUGAAUGGCAAAUGGAAGCAAAAAAGCAAGGAAAAGAAUAAGGGUAAUAAGAACACUCAUUCUAUCAUUGUAUCUUGCAUUGUUUACAAAUCCCUCUUUUCGGAUGGGCCCUGGAGCACUGGAUCCUGGGCAACCGGGCUGAGACCUCGGCAGAGGAACUGGGAACAGGAGAGCUGGUGGGAGCUGUGCCUGAGGGAGAGGGUGGCCCAGCUUCAGCGCCAGAAGGGAAGUGUAGGAAGGGCAAGAUGGUGCUGGGAGACUUUCUUCCUCUUUCCUCCUUUCUCCCCUCACCAUGCCUGAUCCCUCAAAUAUCCUAUGAAUCCAAAGCCAGUUUUAUGCUUUGUAAGAAGAAAGAAGAGGUGAGAAAGGAAAGAAAUAAAAUUUUCAGGGUUGCAAAGCCACAUAUAACCCUAGAGGACUUACUUUUGACCCCGAGUCCAGCUGCCAUAACACAGUGUUGCACCUGAGCUCAGUGGUGUUGAUGAGGUGAGAUCAAACACUGUGCUGGUGCAGCUCCACCCUGCCCAUCUCUUUAUUUCUGUCUCACUUUAUGCUGGAGACAUAACCUAUGUGAUCAACCACUCCUGGCCUUCUUUUAUUCUUAGCUCCAACGAUUUAAAAGAAUACCCCCUGGCUGGGGAUUCCUGUUACAGUUCAAGGAAAUACUUCUUCCCCUCUCUAAUUAAGCUCCUUCCAUACACAUAAAGCUGACUCCUUACCUGAGAGAGAGAGAGAUGGCUGUAGGCAACAUAAAGCUCGUGCUUUUCCCGUUCAUUUGCUCUAUCUCUGCAAGCAAGCUCAGCUCCAAACAAGGCUUCUCUGAAUCCUGGCAUAAACCCUGCACACCCCUGUGUCCAGGCCAAAUCUGAGAGGGACUAUGCACAGCAGUACAGCCAUGGAUCUCCAGGGUUAAUACCCAGUUUUCCAGCUGAGGGUGACUUGGCAUUGCAAUCAGGUGAUGUUGCCAGCAGAUAUUGCCUGCCAAACUUGUUGGGCAGGUUUGAGAGAAAUACUAUUAGCAUAUUGCUAGAUACAGGUUUCCUAGUCUUCUGCAGGAAACUUCAUGUUGAUGGCAUUUGCAUUAAAUUGCAAAAUGCUGCUAUCAUCAACAAUUCGUUAGAGGCUGAACUUUCCCACAAGAGACUCGGAGAUUUUUGUAAUACAGUAUUCACAAGAACGUGCUCCAGAGCUCAGCUGUUGUGAUCUUCAUUAACCUCUUCAGGCAAGAAGAUGGCCUCCUGCUUGCAAGGACCAAGCUGGAACCUGGUCCCAACUUGUUCUUAGCAGGGUGGAUUUAAUGUAAAUGACCCAUGAGAAAGUCAGCAGCUGCUUCAUGAUGGGCUCCAUUUCUAGACCAGUUACUGAGUUUUGCCUUGAUCUCUACAAUAAGCUCAACAGAAAUGCAGAGGACACAAACAUCAUCUUCUCUCCAAUGAGCAUCUCUGUUGCCCUGGCCCUGGUCCAUCUAGGUGCAAAAAACAACACUGCUGCUCAGAUAGAAAAAGUGCUCCACGUCAGGAAAGCUGCAGAAAGAAUGAGCCUUGGAUCUGAUCUUGAGAGCACAGCCCCAGAAAUGGAGCCAGAACGAAGCCAGGAGAGACAGCCUUCCCUCUCGCAGUGUAACAAGGAUGGGGACCUUAACCAUGAAGCGUUCCAGGCGCUGCUUUUGCAAUUACAAAACCUUGGUGAAAGAUAUGUUUUAACCCUGGCCAACAAUCUCUUUAUACAACAAGGAUUUGAACUCCAGCAGCAAUUUCUAAUGUGCGCUAAGGAACUGUAUGGAGCAAUGCUGCAAACAGUGGACUUUCAUGGUGCUGUUGAAGCCACCAGAAUAAAAAUUAACAGUUGGGUUGAAAGUGAGACACAAGGUAAAAUCAAGGAACUCUUUGCUCCGGGUAUGAUCGAUGCACGUGCAUUGCUGGUGCUGGUGAAUGUAAUCUACUUCAAAGCAUCCUGGGAACACAAGUUUGAAGAACGAAAAACAGUACAGAGAGAUUUUAAACUGAACGAGAAUGAGAAAAAACCUGUGCAGAUGAUGUAUCAGAAAGGCACAUUUAAGUUAGGCUACAUUGAGGAGACGGGUGCUCAGGUCCUUGAACUCCCUUAUGCUCAGAAGUCACUGAGCAUGAUCAUCCUGCUGCCAGGUGACAUGGCUGAUGGAUCUACCAGUGGGCUGGAGCAGAUUGAAAGGACAAUGACCUAUGAAAAUUUAAUGCUGUGGGCCUCUUCAGAGCACAUGUUUGAGAUGACAGUGGAGGUAUACCUCCCCCGAUUCAAGCUUGAAGGCACCUUUAACCUCAAUGAGGUAUUACAAGAGAUGGGGAUGACUGACAUCUUCACUGAAUCAAAAGCUGAUCUUUCUGCAAUGUCGUUUGCAAAAUCUCUGGUGCUGUCAAAUGUUGUCCAUAAGACGUACGUGGAAGUCAAUGAGGAAGGCACCGUAGCAGCAGCUGGUACAGGAGCUGUCAUUGUGAGGAGGUCUCUUCCUCUCACAGAGGUGUUUAUGGCUGACCACCCUUUCUUAUUCUUUAUUAGACACAAUCCUACCAAUACCAUUCUUUUCUUUGGAAAACUCUGCUCACCUUAAAAUCAGGGCCAUUUUCUAACAUUGUGAGAAACACCUGGAUGAAAAUCAGAAAUUGUAUUUUUUUCCCAAUGAAUUCUUAAUCCUUUGACAGCUAGUUUGUAUUUCAAAGUAAUCUCUGCAACCAUUUUAGGUUAGAACCCAUCAACUGGAUGCUCUGGCACUAGGCUCCUUGAAUUGCAAAUAUUGGUCUGAAUCCAGAAUAGGAUUAAAUUUUGCCUUAACCUCACUGGAUAUGAAUAACAUUUUGUUUCCUCGAUGCCCACCUAUGCUUCCGUAUUCCUGCAUUCAUAUGCAUUCCUGCAUAUUAAUGAUGGUGACGAUAGGGUUGAGGUUAGAAGGGACCUCUGGAGGUCAUCUUGUCCACCACCUCCCCUGCUCAACCAGGGCCACCUACAGCUGGUUGCCCAGGACCAUGUCCAGACGGCUUUUGGACAUCUCCAAGGAUGGAGAUUCCACAGUCUCUCUGGACAACCUCCGCUAAGUGCCCCAUAAGUUCUCAAAUGACUCCAAAGAGAAUUUUGAAUGCACGGUGUCUGCAGGAACAGGAUAUGAAACCACACAUUUCUAAAGAUGGUUAAUUAUUUACACAGUCAAGAAGGCUGCCUUUUAUGUGGGGAUAAAUCAAGUGAUCUCAGUCUCAAAGAAUAGGAAAAAAAUGGUCUAAAACACCCCAUUGAAUUUACUGACGUGGAAAACUGUAGCCAUGAGCUUCCAAGAAAUGUGUUUUCUUCCUUGCGUGCUGCUGUCUGGUGAAUUUUAACAAUCUGAGAUGCAGAUCUGAAAGACAGGGCUCUCUCUAUGCUCUGAGAAAUGAAGAAAGGUUUUGUAAAGGGCAGUGUAAAUCAUGGAAAUCACAGUUAAACAUAACCUGGGAAGGUUUUUAGUCUGUGGGAGAAAAAUAAAACUUGCCACUGACUGAUAGGGAGACAUUACCGCUAAUAUGCUGGUUUAACAUAAGUAACAUCUUCCUCAGAGGGAUUCUGCAUGAGAUUUAACAAAUUAACAUUUGCAACAUGCUUUAUGACCCAUGAAAAGGAAAAUAUACGUUAGCCGUUCGCUGUAUAAUUGGAUGUAAAGCACCCUCAUGUUCCGCAUUCAUGAUUACCAUAGCUUAUGCACCAUAAGUUACCCGGGGCCCUUUGGACAAGAAGUCUAGGAAAUAAGAGGGAAUGAUAACUGAGCAAGAACAGACAGGAGCAGGACAAUAAAAGAGUGAAAUAAACAAACUACUCUUGACAGUCUAAGUUGAAGGUGCAGAACAGCUCCAGCACUAGUUCUCCAGGCUCUGUCCGUGUUUCCCUUCUGGAGGCUGGCAGCCCAGUUUGCCUAUUAGGCAAUGUUUUUGUUACCUAAAGCUGUCAUCAUACAGUGUUUAUAUUCCCCAGGGAAGUUCUGAGCACUGCAACCUCAAAAAUCAACACUGUUUCUGAAGAUGCAGGGACGGGGAUUCCUGUGAUGAAAUGGCAAAUGCCACAGGGGAAAAAACCCUUCCCUUUAUUCCCACCUUUUCUCAGAAAUGAAUAUACAGUCUCCAACCCCCAGCAUAUCCUUUUUCAGCACCCUUGACUUAAAACAGGAGUUUCUCACAACACUGUGAGUUAGCAGGGGGACGGAUCUGCACUUGCUACCAGUGAAGAAUGCAGGAGCUUAGUCCUGAAGGUGAAAGAAAUAGAGGAGGAGGUUUGCAAUAAAAGUCUCUGUUUAGCACCAGCUAAGCUGGACUGUUGCUGUGCCACCAGAGCACGGGAGCCAUGAAGACAUGUGGUGAGCCCUGCAUGGCGUAAGGGAUGCGUCUGGGACAUUUCUGGUACACAAAAUAGCAGCGGUUUUACUACUGCCACAAUCUCAUGAACUAUGAAAAGAAGACGAAUGUCGUGAAAGAAAAACCAAAUGUCUAUGCAACAUAGGUUUUUUUACAUUUUUUUCCCCUUGGUGCAGACUCUGCCUCUCUGCCAGUCCCCAUCCAUGCAAACAAGGUCCAAUGCUUCUUCUCUUCCCACAGCUUGCAGCUCACCAGGGGAACAGGCAUCUCCUUUGCAAAUGGCAAGGUUCAGAUGCAUUUGCUGCUCUGCCCUGAGCCCCAGGGGUUGGACUACGUGAUCUUUAAAGGUCCCUUCCGACCCAAACCCCAUUUUAUGGUUCUGUGUGUUGCACAUCGGUUAGCUGGAUUUGGCUAACUCCACUGAGCUCUGAUCAGUUACUGAUUUACAGCUGGUCAAACUAGUUUAUAGUAACCACAUUGUAUCACAAAAUAUCUGAGUCGGUAAAAGCCACAAGAGUUAUUAGGUAUUGUGUCUUAGACUUGAAACAUACAUGCACAUUUUAAAAUCUCCUGACUUUAAUAUCCUGAGUUAUACUUAUGGAACUGUGUAGGAUCUGCCUUGUUUUCCUACUCCCAUCUGGAACUGGAAGUGGGAGAAACUCGACUGUGAUUGGAAUAGUGGUUAUUGGCAAAACAUAUAGCUUUUAAGCAAUAAGGUAAAGAAAUACUACUUUUCGGUGCUCAUGGCCUGAGACUGGAUUUAGAGACAUGAUCAGUGUUUAAAGUUUCACUUUUACAGUAUCACUUUUAAUGUUUGUGUUCAGUCUGGGCUAACUUUGCAUGUGGUUUCCUCUCAGUGUGAGGCAAGCGGUGGCAGUAGAAAUUCUCACAGCAAGUCUCUGCCUCUCCUCCUGAAAUUUGGCACGGUGCAUUCAGGCUGCACAGUGUUUCAGGUUCUCCAAGUUGCGGGGCCCCAGCCCUUCUUAGAGGAUUCAUUAGCAGCUGUGGAUGCUCUGUCUCAUGGUGCUUAUUGUCUCACUGAAUUAGGUACUCACUUCUUCCCUAGUAUCAACUGAGGGAAGGGCCACGAUUUGGCCCUUAAAUCACAAAAUCAGUUGGUCCUUUAUGAGCAGUAAAGUGAAAUGCCUACCCCAUACACAGCUAUUUGUAUUAUUCACUUACCUUCAAAGAGAGUUAAAUUUUACUUUAGAAACCAAUUCAACAUGUAUUUCAAAUCUAAUAAAGAUGGCAUACUUAAAUUUC